AUGACUACUUCUGGGCAUGGAACAAAGAGGAUGCUCUCCCGGGGCCCCGCGCUGCUCCUGCCACUGCUGGGGCUCCUCUGCAAAGUGGUGGAGAGCAGAGGAGGAAUCAUGGACAGCGUGCAGAGAUUUUCAAACCUGCCAACGUAUCUUCCCACGAGCUAUCACAUCUGCAAUGCUGAUGUUUUCUUCUUCCUUAAAGAAACCAACCAGGAUAUCAUGAGGAACUCCAGUUUGCAGUCUAGAGUGGAUUCAUUCUUUAUAUACAAAGCCAAACUGCCACCUGUCCUAAAUGCCACAUAUGGACCUUUUUCUGUGGAACAGGCUGUCCCCUUGGACCUCAUGCUGACUGCUACAUCUUUUGGUUUCACAGAUAAAUUCACUUUUAAUUGGAAAUUAAAAUCGCACAUACUCGACAGCUCGAUAUAUUCCAACAAACCUAGAAUACAAACCUUAUUCUAUAUUGCGGGGAAAGACUGGGAUGACUAUAAUUCUGCAGAGACAUUGCCUUGUGUGAAGAUGUUUGCUUUCCUGGAGUCUAGAGAAGUUGUGGCCAGCUGUAGGUUGAAAGGUCAUCUAGGAUUAUGUGUUGCAGAGCUGGAAUUGUCUCCUAGCUGGUUCAGCUCCCCUCCACCACUGGUUUCAGAGCAAAUGGCCUCUUUGGAAGGGAUUACUGUGGAGCUCUUCUAUAAGAUUUAUACAACAGAUGGGGAAUGUUCUCCUGAGGAUGCAGCAUGGGAAAACAAUAUCCAUGCAGGUGAAGAUAACGAACACAACGCAUUGCCAGCUAUGGAGAGGAUUGGUAGCAUCAUUGUUUAUCCAAAUCAAGACAAAUUAAAACAGUCUGCACUGAGGCUAGAUGAUAACGUCAUGAUCCGCUUACCACUUAGCCCUGUAAAAGAAGGCGAUGUUGUAACCUUUCAUGUUUCCCUUACUGAUGACUCUCUAGCAGAUCAGUUUGUAUUAAGAAUUAAGACGGCCCCAGGUGUGAAGAUAACGGAUGUCAGAGUCAGUGAUGCAGACCAGUGGGGGAUCCAGGAGGAGACGGACAGCGAGAGGACCACGGCCAUUAUCACGUGCGUGCACAACGAUCCAACCGCGGAGAGCAGAGCAAACAUCUCCUCCUAUGAGAUCCUGCAGAUGGACUUUGAGAUCGACAACAGUAGCAGCCUGACAGGGGCCCAGCAAAUUACCUGGCAGGUGGAAUACCCUCGAGAUGACUCCGUAAGCGAACUAGUAGUCUCAGAGAUCUUUGUCAGCCGAACUAUGUUUGUGGGAAUAGUGCCUCUUGCAAUGGACACAGAAGUUCUUAACACAGCCAUCCUGACCGGGAAAACGGUGGCUGUGCCAGUCAAGGUUGUUGCCGUGCAGGAGGAUGGGGCAGUGGUCGAUGUUUCCGAGUCCACUGAGUGCAGAUCGGCCGAUGAAGAAGUCCUAAAGGUUUCUGACAGAUGUGACUCCAUCUUUGUUAAUGGCAAGGAAAUGAAAAGCAAAGUGGAUACUAUUGUUAACUUCACUUACCAGCAUUUUACCACCCAAUUAGAAGUGACGGUCUGGGUUCCACGGCUUCCCCUGCAGAUUGAGAUCUCUGAUACAGAACUUAGCCAGAUCAAAGGCUGGAGGAUACCAGUCACCUCCAAUAAGAGGCCUACCCGUGACAGUGAGGAUGAAGAUGAUGACGAAAAAAAGGGAAGAGGUUGCACUCUUCAGUAUCAGCAUGCCAUGGUGCGAGUCCUCACACAAUUUGUAGCUGAAUCCUCUGAUUUUGGAGGCCACUUGACCUAUAUGCUAGGUUCUGAGUGGCAAUUUGACAUCACUGACCUGGUGACUGAUUUCAUGAAGGUAGAAGAACCCAAGAUUGCUAAGCUUCAAGAUGGCCGAGUUCUGGUUGGUCGUGAGCACGGCAUCACCACAGUCCAGGUUCUGUCACCUCUUUCUGAUUCCAUCUUGGCGGAGAAGACAGUGAUAGUCUUAGAUGACCGUGUAACAAUUACAGAUCUAGGAGUCCAACUAGUUUCAGGCUUGUCCCUCUCCUUGCAAAUUAGCAAAGGAAAUAAGAGAGCUAUUGUUUCUACCACCUCUGCUUAUGAUAUCCUUCAUACUCCAAAACAGGAAGCCAUAGUCAGUGCUUGGGUUUUGUUCAGCGAUGGAUCAGUGACACCUUUAGAUAUUUAUGACUCGAAGGAUUUCUCAAUCACCAUCACUUCACUGGACGAAAUGGUAGUGUCUGUGCACCAAAAUCUUCAGUCAAAAUGGCCCAGUGUAGUGGCAGAAGGGGAUGGGCAAGGACCUCUCAUUAAAAUUGAAAUGGUCAUCAGUGAGCCAUGUCAAAAGACGAAGAGAAAGAGCAUUCUGGCUGUUGGAAAAGGAAGUGUCAAAGUGAAGUUCGGUCAAAAAGAUUCUGACCACAAAGGAAGCACCAAUGAUAUUGAUGAUGUGGCUAGCGACUUUAAAAGCCACACAAGCAAUUCUAUAGAGAAGCCUGCAGAACAAGAGAGGACAGUUCAAGAAUGGUCUAAAACUGGAGCCCUUGGUAGUCAGGAGGACAAUGCAAACAGAAGCACAACUUCCAAGUCUCCCAUUGAUCACGAGUCACUGGAGGAUGACCAACUCCAAAAUAACCCAACUGCCUUUACAGGUUUCCCUACACAAGUAGAAAUACCAGAGCAAAACAAUCCAAGUGAUCUUACAUUGACUUCAAGAGGAUUAACAGAUUUGGAGAUUGGUAUGUAUGCCCUGCUCUGUGUCUUCUGCUUAGCAAUCUUGGUCUUUUUGAUUAACUGUGUGGCUUUUGCUUGGAAGUACAGGCAUAAAAGGUUUGCUGUGAGUGAGCAAGGCAACAUCCCCCAUUCCCAUGAUUGGGUCUGGCUCGGAAAUGAGGUUGAACUGCUGGAAAACCCAGUUGACAUUUCACUCCCAUCAGAGGAGUGCACUACCAUGAUUGACAGAGGAAUGCAGUUUGAAGAAAGCAACUUUCUUCUUAAUGGAAGCUCGCAGAAGACUCUUCAUAAUCAUAUCCUCAGAUCGUCUGAGUACGUUUGUGAAAAAGAAGUUAAAAGUGAACCUAUAAAUUCUUCUGGGCCAAAGCAGAAGCGUGUGAAGUUCACAUCAUAUACAACAAUACUGCCAGAGGAUGGAGGUCCCUAUACCAACUCAAUUCUAUUUGACAGUGACGAUAAUAUUAAAUGGGUAUGCCAAGAUAUGAAUCUUGGUGAUUCCAAGGAACUUAGGGACUAUAUGGAAAGACUGCAAGACAAUAUCUAA